GAAAUAAACAAAUUUAUCCAUUUUUGUGUCGAAAUCUUUUACUAACUUCUUAAAAUAGAUUACAAGAUCGGACGAAGAUUUUGGAUAAAGAAUAAAUUAGAACUAACUAAAGGAUGGUGAGGGGCAAAACGGAGAUGAAGAGGAUAGAGAACGCAACAAGCAGGCAAGUGACGUUUUCGAAGAGAAGAAAUGGACUCUUGAAGAAAGCCUUCGAAUUAUCUGUUCUUUGUGAUGCUGAAGUUGCUUUGGUCAUCUUCUCUCCAAGAUCCAAACUCUAUGAGUUCUCUAGCUCUAGUAUAGCACAAACAAUUGAACGCUAUCAGAGACGAAUAAAAGAAAUUGGGACUAACCAUAAGAGAAAUGAUAAUUCUCAGCAAGCGAGAGACGAAACAUCUGGCUUGACAAAAAAGAUUGAACAGCUAGAGACAUCUAAACGAAAAUUGCUUGGAGAAGGCAUUGAUGCAUGUUCUAUCGAGGAGCUGCAACAGUUAGAGAAUCAGUUGGACCGAAGCUUGAGCAGGAUAAGAGCCAAGAAGUACCAAUUACUCCGUGAAGAAAUUGAGAAGUUAAAGGAAGAGGAGAGGAAUCUCGUUAAGGAAAAUAAAGAACUGAAGGAAAAGUGGCUUGGAAUGGGGGCACCAACAAUAGCAUCAUCACAAUCAACGUUAUCAUCAUCAGAAGUGAACAUAGAUGACAAUAUGGAAGUGGAGACUGGUUUUGCCGUGGGUUUCAAGCCUUUGGCCAAUAUGGGUUGUAUCAUUUCUUCUCGGAAGAAGAAACCGGCGACAAAAGAGUUGCCGGAAAUCCGCCCUCGGUUCCAUACUCUUCCAUCAGAAAGAAGAAUAGCUGAAGAUGAAGCCCCAAAGAGAAAGUUCUCAGAUUCCAAGAGCAGAGACAGUUCAUUUACAAAGUCUUACGAGGAAGACGAGACUUACAGUAUAUCAGAUCAUUCUGCUGGGAAAAUGCAAACAUCUACGGACAUGAUAACCGAGGAUGAACCUAAAGCGAAAGUCUCUUACACAGACCCAUCUAGAGAAGAACAGAAUCUAGGCGGAUCAAUGAAAAUGGAGGAACGCAUACCUUGGCCACUGAGUCCAUCUAGAGUUAACCCAACAGCAAUUCUGCCUAGCCUUUACGAGAAUGGAACAUCUUCGUCGGGAGGAGGACUAGGUUUCAGACCCACUCUGAUUGAGAAUUAUACUGUCAUUUAGAUUCAAUAUAGAAAAAUAGACAGA